AUGGGAGGCGGAGCUCCUGAAGCUGGAAGCGGAGCUGAAGCGACGUGGAGGAGCCGACGAGGCCGAGCAGCUCCCGGGCCUCCCUCGCCUGCGGCUGCUCCCAGCCCCGGCGGGAUGCGCCCGUGGGAGCGUCGGUCGGCGUGUCGGAUCGCAGCCCGCAGGCACGCCGUGCGUGCGGCCCGGCGGGAGCAGGUUCCUCUGAACUCACACGUGCCUACGCUUCUCAUGAAAACUGUGCCAGGACAGGGCUGCUGUCUGGGGGAGCAGCGCACUGUUGACAUCGCUGACAUCUGCGAGUCGCUCCGGGAAAGACAGCGUCACGACAGCGAGAGGUCGACCUGCAGUGCCUUGGAGAGGAAUGACAUUGAAGCUGUGGAAGCGCUUGUUUGUAUGAGCUCCUGGGGUCAAAGAGCACAGAAGGGUGACAUAUUAAAGAUAAGGCCACUGACACCCUUCUCGGACUCGGGUGAUUUCACAAUGCACACUGAAGCUACGUCUGAAUUGCCAAAGGAUUAUUUAUCUACACUGUGCAUGACCCCUCCGCACAGCCCUGACUUUGUGGAGAUGUCAGCUGCCGUGCUGCUGCCCUCACAAGUCACUUACUCCAAACCCAGGACUGUCAUGGCAAACACGGCUGCCUGUUCCGUCACGCCUGCCGCCGGUUCGUCUCCCGCCACGAAGCCCUCGGUUGUAAGCGCGGAGAGGCCGCGCGCUCGGGCGCCCGCGAUGCCCGAGCCCGUUGCCCCCCAGCCUCGCCGGGCCAUGGCAACCAGCGUGAUACGUCACACGGGUGACGCUGCUGCCCGCCCCCACGUUCCUGCUGCGCACGAGCGGGCGAAGGCAGCCGCAGGCUGCAGCACUUCCCAGGACUGGUGUGCAGCAGGUGACCCCAGACACUCCAGGCUGCCCCAGGACACAUGCGCUGCUGAUGGUUUAAUCAUCAAAAGCUCUCCAGGACCUCAGCCUUACGUGCACGACUCCAAUGAUAUUGUGACCAACCAAGGACAGCUCCCAGUCCAGCCCGCUUCGCCACGGGCCCACUUACCAAAGAACUGUGAGAACGACGUGCAGAAAGGAGCUACCUCGGGGACACCUGUCUCUGUUUCAAGCCCCCACGUUCUCUGUCAGAUGAUCCCUCUGAAUGGACAGAGCAGUAUGAUUAAUGCCUAUGUCAAAUCAACAGCUCCAACAGCUCCAACUCCAGUCAAGCCCAUCUUGCCACAGACAACUCCUCUGUCUCAACCUGUGCUCAUGGGACCUUCUGUGCCUCAGGGGACUGUUAUGUUGGUUCUCCCACAGACUGCUGUCACGCAGCCACCACAGUGCCCACAAACAGUAAUGACUGUCGGGAGCACCAAGUUACUGCCCCUUGCUCCUGCCCCCAUGUUCAUAGCUUCUGGUCAGAGCUGUGCCCCCCAGAUGGACUUCUCUAGACGGAGGAAUUACGUUUGCAGCUUCCCAGGGUGCAAGAAAACCUACUUCAAGAGUUCCCACCUCAAAGCCCACCUGCGCACUCACACUGGAGAAAAACCCUUCAGCUGCAACUGGGAGGGCUGCGACAAGAAGUUCGCCCGCUCCGACGAGCUGUCGCGCCACCGCCGCACGCACACGGGCGAGAAGAAGUUUGCGUGCCCCGUGUGCGAGCGCCGCUUCAUGCGGAGCGACCACCUGACGAAGCACGCGCGGCGCCACGCGGCCGCCAGGAGGGUGCCCGGCUGGCAGGCCGAGCUCGGCAAGCUGGGCCGCGGCGGCCAGGGCUAG